AUGGGCACUGAGGUGCCAAAAACGCAAGAUUCAAGUGGUGAUUCGGAUUCAAACAGUGAUUCCGAAAAUAGCAGCUCGAGUGAGUCUUCAGGUAGUGAUUGGAAAUGCUCCAGUAAUAAGCAGAAUAAUAAUCGGAAAGCACAAUUUUCUGUCACAUCUUGUGAUACUGGGUUAAAGCUGAAAAUCGCCGCCAUUCAACCCAGAAAGUCUACUCCCAAAAAAUCUGUACAACCUUCAGUAAAGAAAAAACCUAAUGAAGCAAAAACAAAUGAUAAAACUGUCAAGAAAAAAUUGUCUGAAAGCAGUUCUAGUUCUGAAUCAUGUAGUAAAUGUUCAUCUGAUUCAUCAAGUGAAGAUGACCUGCCCUUAAAGGCAGUUAAGAAGAACCUACCAUCUAAAUCUUCUCCUCAAAAGACUUCAAAAAAUAGGAAUACAAUCAAAAGUGAUAGUGAUAAAGAACUUUGUGACAAGGACAGCUCUAAAAACAAGGAAAAGCCGUGUACUUCAAAGACCUCUGUUAAUGUGAAAAAGACUAAGAGUGAUGAAUCUACAGAUAGUAAUGUGAAGAAAGGGCCGGGAAGACGAGCAAAGUUUGCUUCUUCUGCGGCGGAUAAUGGCGUGUGUGGGAGCAGCACGUCAUCAUCAACGUCUUCAUCAUCUUCCUCGUCAUCUUCAUCAUCGUCGUCGUCGUCCGAUUCAGACACGGCAGAAGCCGCUGGCGGUUCCACACACACAUCUCCUGAUGACUCUAGUGCUGCACUCGCUGCCGCUUGUCAAUUGCAGGUCAUCGACGAUGCAGACCUCGCGGAACUAUUUCCAGAACAAACAUCGAGCGCGCCGGCGCAACAGCCCAAUUUCUCGACCUUCCCAGUUAACGCUACGCCAGAUGACGACAAAUCUAUUGCAGAUAAUGGCGACGGGUCAAGUAGUGAGAUGGAGUUAACACCCCAACUUGUAACAGCUGCGAUACAAAGAGCAACACAAGACUCCUCUGGAUCUGAAAAUGAAUGUUCUAACUCUACUACCGUUCAUCAAAGCACAUCCCAUUACUCGUCAAGAUUGCUGCAAGAAUUUGUAGCGCGAACUCAACAGUUGAGUAGCACAGUGCCCCUUAACACCAUUUACCCACCAUCUAAUCCAUCUAUAGCUUGUGGCAUCCCAUCGAAUUCAAUUGAUGGAGUGGGCACUAUAAGUGACUGUGUGCUCGGACAAAUAAAUAAUUUAUCUGAAAUCCCACCUAUUGCGUCAGGGUUUUUGAAUAACACUCAGCAUUUAAGUCCGCAGCAAACGGAAGAGUUAUCUCAAAUAAAUAAAGAUCUUGAAGAAAUAACUUCUGUAACUGAAUCUGUGGGGUUAACUAUACCUAACCCGCCCAGUUUAGAGGAUUGUGUCGAUAAUAACGACUUCAUGCAUUUAGACAUAACAUCGGGUGGUUCAGAGCUAGGAAGCGCUAGUGAUCUACUAAAGAGUUCACCUAUUACAGUAGCUGGUGCUGAUGCUAGCUCGGCGAACCAAAUAGAAUGUCAAAAGUUAGAUACAAUGAGUACGAAUUCAGUAGAAUCUCAAGAAGACGUUAAAAACGUGGUUGUUGAAUCUAGAAGAAAAAGGGGCCGACCUCGUAAAGUGAGAAAAGAUGAAUAUGACACCAAAGGUGCUGAAUCUCAAAAACAAGCUAAGUCUCGAGCUAAUGUAAUUAACGACUUUCAUAACAACAAUGACCCGCCUAACGUUUCGCCGGACUCGGGUAUUUUAUCUAAUCAUAAUUCACCAACACAUUCUCCUUUAGGGCGGCAUGAAGUAGAAGAUAGUCAUAGCAGACACAGUAGAAAGUCCAUUCAUAAAGAAAAUACCAUCGGUGAAAGAAAAAGCGCACGCUCUAAAUCUAAAACUAGAAGUAGAGCACAUAAUAAAUCUGAUUCAAGUGACUGUGAUUUUCAAAAGAAACGAAUAGAAAAUGAAAUUAAACAAAUAAAAACAGAAGCACCCUCUCCGAUUCCACUGAAACAAGAACAAAAUAAAUUUGACAAGACCAAGAAAAAUGAUCAUAAAUUGGACAUUGCUGCAUUAGAUAGAAUGCUUUACGCUACAGAUAGAGUAUUAUACCCACCCAGGAAAAAAGUAGGCAGAAAACCUCAAAAUAAAACUAAAACCACAAAGACCACUUCUAAAACAUUGAGGGAUAAGAAUCAAUAUGAUUCAGCAGAUAGUGAUGAUGAUUCGCUACCAUCGAAUAGAUCCGUUUUAUCUGGAGUUUACGCAAAAAGAAAGGAGGUGAACAGUAAACUUGCUACCUUACCAAAAAACAACAAGAAUACUAAAUCAAUGAAUAAUUCUUGGAGAGAUCAUCAAAGCGAAAACGAGGCGGCUGCAGAAGACCCGCUAGAUCCGACUUGGAAGCAAAUCGACCUAAAUCCGAAAUACAAAGAUAUUCUCUCAGGCUACAAAAGUGAUCACGAAUUCAAGCCGUACAAAAGUUGCAGUAGAUUAAUAGAAUCAGGCUAUAAGAGCGAUUAUGGUUGUAGGUCGGGCUACAAAAGUGACUGCUAUCGAUCUGGAUAUAAAAGUGACCAUAAAUCUGGCUAUAAAAGUGACAAAUCUGGAUACAAGACCGAUUACAGUGUUAGAAGUAUGCGUAGACGAAUGAGAAAACUAAAGAAAACGCGAUCAGUUAGAAAUAGAUCGUACUAUAAGAAUCAAAAACAUUUCGUCUCUGAUCAAGAAAUUUUACUCCUUUCAAAUAAAACCUUCAGCAGUCUAACCUUGGGCCACAGCUCCAGCGACUCGGAAUGCGAGACUUAUUUACGUAAACCUAAUGCUAGUCCGAAAUAUGUUAGUGUUUGCACAAAAUAUCCCUUACCAUCGAAAUACAAUUAUGGAUUUACGAAAAAUAAUCAGAAGCACAUUUUGCGGCUAAAUUCGUCAGAUCCUUUUGCCCCCGGUCCAGUGUUUAGUGGCUUGCAGAGGCCAGUGACAACUUAUAAUAUUUUUAAAGUGAGUCACAACAAUAACAACACGCUGUUAAAAUCUCCUUCAAAAACUAGUUACAUUGGUAAUCCCCUACCGUCACUUAAACCGCUAUUUACUCACAAAUUUGGCGUGUCGCCAAUAUGCACAGCUACUAAAUUGUCUGGCUCAAAAAAAGAUGAUAUUUUAAAACAUUUCUCAAGGACAUUUUCGCCAAAGAAUCGCAAACAAGUUAAAAAGGAUUCUCCUCCAGCAAAGAAAGAAAAUACAACAAAACCACUACCCAGUUGUUUUGAAAAGGCAAAAAAUACUUAUAUUCCCAAUAAGUCUUUAUCGAGAAAUGUCUUUUUGAAUUUCAAGAAACCCCAUAUUAAGCCGUCAUAUCAUAUUAAAAAGCAUAGAAGAACAGUUGUACUGGCACCGCCUAAAAUAAACUUAAAACCUACAGAGAGGCCCUCUCGAAUUACCAUCAAAACUGAAAGCAAACAUAGGCAUAGAAGUAGAAGGAGACAUCGUUCAAGAUCAGUUUCUAGGUGUAGGGAGACCUUUGCAAAUCGAAAUUCUGUAGAUUCAGUCGACCAAAAGUUUACACAAGACAUGGACAGUCUCAUAUCGAACUUUAUUAAAUUAUGUCAAAUUGCACCGAAAUUUAUUACAAAUACAUCUCCUAUUCCACAAAAACCUAUAGAAAAAGAAAAAACGCCAGUAGAUCCAGUACCUCCAAAAGUGAUCAAAAGAGCAUCUAAGAAGAGAAAAACUUCAGAUAAUCAAGAAAUAGCUACACCCACUUCGAAGCGGAGACACAAAAAGCAAUUGACUGAAUCUCAAAACAAAGGCGGUAAAGACACAAAUGAACAUAAAUUACCGUUAAAAAAGAGACAUUACCACAUAAAUUCUUCUACAAGCAACUCUUUAAGCUUGAGCUUAGUCUCGGCGGAAUUUGAUGAGAAUUCUAAAACCGAUGCUAACCCUGAUAAGUUUUUGUGCACUGAAACUGAUUGUAUGGGUGAUGUGCACAAAGAUAUCGCAGAGGAAUCUUCUAAGCACAAAUCCCUUAAUGAAAAAGGAAAGAAAGGUAAUGACAGUUCGAAACAUGCAGCUUCCAAUAUACAAGAAAACAAAGGUGAAACGUCUCCAAAGGCAUUGAAAAACACCGUGAAUACUUUAGAAACGACACCAACUAAACAUGACGAAUUUAAUAAAUCUGCAGAUAAUCAAUCAUCAUUUACAAAUAACAUUGAUGAUGAUCUGUCUAUUGAAAAACCCACUGCAGAACAAUCGGAACUAUCUAAGAAAAUCUAUGAAACCUCCGAAAAACUUAAAGCUGUGCAUAAAAUGGUUAAUGAUUUAGAAAAAAGUUUACCAAAAUCAAAAGAGGGUGAUGGAAAAUCAGAAUCAUCUAAGAUUGAGCCGGGCAGAACUUCUUCACCUAGAUCCGAAAGAAAAGUGUCGCCUAUUAGGAAUUCAGCUCCUAUUGCGACACCAAAGAAGCGUCACAGAUUAGAAGCAGACAAAGUUAUAUCCCAUUCAAGCUUAGAUCAAGUUGUGCAGUCGCUUUCCAAAAAAUUAUCUGAAGAUAAAACAGGAAAUAACAGUGUUUCCAAGGAUAUUAAUCAAAAUACAUCAAAGGAAGAAAGUAAAGAGUGCGAUAAGUCCCUAACAACGUCAACAGAACAGACAAAUCUUUCUAACAGCACAUCUGUUGACCCUCUUAAAAGUAUGUCAGCGCGUUCUUUAUAUAAAAGUUCUAUUCCACCAGCUCAGAAAUCUGAAAUAAUGACCCGAAAGAAGAAUAGACUCGAGGGUCUCACAAGUAAUUUAGUAUCUAAAAUAAACCCUAGUGCAGCUACGAAAGUCUUAGAUACACUUUUAAACAACAAUAUUCGAAAAUCGAUUGAAUCUCGAAUUUUAGAAAAGGAAAAGAAUAUUAGUGAUAGUGGAAGUAAAACAUCGGAUGAAAGACAUAAGGGUAAGGAAUCUCUACAAGUAAACACAAGAGCAAGCGUCAUCAAGUCACCGGUAUCUAAGGGAAAAGUUAUAGAAACUAAAAAGCCAAAAGCAACUGAAACAAUAAUAGAGCAAUGUGUUGUAGUAAAUGUCGACAAACCAACAGGCAUUUUUGAGCCUUCUGUGGAUUUGGAAGAUCAAAUUCCUAAGUCAUCUAUUUGCGUAAAUAAUAUUUUAGCCGAGAGCAAAGGAAAAAAUAAAACGAAAGGUAGUGACAGUAAAAAUUCAAAUGAACUAUUAGUGCCCAUAGACACAGAGUCUGAAAUACCUCUUGCAUUAAUAUCUGAAACACCUGAUCCCAUAAUCAGACCUAAACGAGGUGAAUCAAUAGCUUCCGUUCUAUCAGAUAAAAUUCUAGAAACAGCCGGUGGCCAUAACUUACGACAAACUAAAAGAAAUUUAGUCAAUGAUAGUGAUGAUUCUAAUGAGAAGAAAAAGAAGAAAACAUCGAAUAAUAUAAUAAGAGAGAGCAAAUUAGUACUUCCCACUAAAGUGCUUAUACCUAAAAUAUCAUCAGAAAAACUAUCAACAUUAGAGACUAUUAAAAAACAGGGUCCAUGUGUGAAGAAUUCAGAAGCUAACGAUUCAAGUGACAAUAAGGUUGUUGAUGCGUCUAAGAAAAGAACUAGACGAAGGAAAGCUAUAAAUAGAACAGGUUUCCCCAGUAUUAAAAAGAAGAAGAAGAAAGUAGAACCUUCCAAUACUUUGAACAAUACAGCUUCCGAUAAUUUCACAUCAGAGGAUACCGAUCAUUCUGCAUUUGAAAGAGUACCUAAAGAUGGCGAAGCUAUGAGUAGUUUCUUGGAGCGAACAACCAAUAAAAAACCAGACCUCAAAGUUGUUGUAAACAAAGAUGAGUUACCAAAACAAGGCCGUUUGACUGUCGUAGCUCUUGAAAAAUUACAAGGAAAAGACGUUUCAACAGAUAGUAGUAAGACUUCUCCUGCAGAAAAAACUGUAACUGAAAAGAAAAUUGGAGGUUCUUCCAUUUUACGAGCGCCAGCUCUACAACUCAAGCAGUCUAAAACAGAUAAAGAAUUGAAAAACCAUGUCAAUAAAUGGGAAGUUCUUAGUGAGUCCGAUAGCAUUCCUUCCUUGACUAGCUCUCUGGGAAAUGACCCUGAAGACAGUAUUCCUCUUAGUUUAUUGAAUCUUAAAGCAGACAAAAAUACCAGCCGCUUAGAUAACUUAGAAAGACUAAAGAGGAAAACGAGGGCCAUGUCACCAUCACACGAGAUUGAGGAAAUAUUCUCAAAGCGAAAGGUAGUCGAAAAGACCACAAAGGUUGGAUUGAGACCUAAAUCAAGUCUAGCUAUUUUGUACCCCAGUGAAAGGAGACUUACACGGAGUUCGGAUAACACAACCGAGGACAAAAUUACACGAAGAGCAGAGAAGAAAGUGUCCUCAGAGACUGUUGAAAAAUCAACCAAACCAGUAACCAUAGUUACCAGAAGAAAAUCGCGAUCUUGUACCGUCAACAAAAAAGUUCAAGAAAUACAUUCCAGUUCUCGAGAAAGUUCCAUUGAUACAGUGAUAAGUCGGCGUAUAACAUCGAAAUCCCGUGAACCAUCAAUAGAUACUCUUCAUGACCACGAUGAAAACGAUCCCUUACCUCUAAAUGAGAAAGAAAUAGACUUCGAGAAGAGUAUAGAUGUGCUUUCGAAGAAUAUUAUUUGUAAGAAACGAGUUGCUUCAUCGCGUGAUGAGAGUCCCGUUAACGGCGUUGAAGGGCGAGAGAGACCGGCAGUUUCUAAGAAGAAUCCUCGAUUGCGAAAGAAGUUUUUAGCUGCUGGGCUGUUCUCUGAUUAUUAUAAAGAAGAUCCAAAGCCAGAAGGGAAAGGAAAGAACUUGGUAACUCAAACAGAAUUUCCACCGGGACUGUUGGCACCGCCGCCUUACUGUGAGAGGUGGGUGCGUCGGACGCCGCAGUACUUCACGCUCCCCUACGAUAUAUGGUGGGAGCAACAUUAUAAUCAACCAGUACCAUCUUGGAACUACAAAAAGAUACGUACAAAUGUAUAUUACGAUGUGAAGCCAUCAGCAGAGGAGUGCGAGAGCGUGGCGUGUAACUGCGCCUCAUCCUCCGGCUGUAACGAGGAUUGUAUCAACCGACUCGUCUUCUCAGAAUGCUCACCUCAACUGUGUCCUUGCGGUGACAAAUGUAAGAACCAACGCAUCCAACGCCACGAAUGGGCGUCCGGCCUCGAGAAGUUCAUGACCGAGAACAAGGGCUGGGGCGUGAGGACCAAGCACCAGAUCAAGUCGGGCGACUUCAUACUCGAGUACGUGGGGGAAGUCGUCUCUGAUAAGGAGUUCAAGGAGCGCAUGGCGACGCGGUACGCGCGCGACACGCACCACUACUGCCUGCACCUGGACGGCGGGCUCGUCAUCGACGGCCACCGCAUGGGCGGCGACGGCCGCUUCGUCAACCACUCGUGCCGACCCAACUGCGAGAUGCAGAAGUGGACUGCUAAUGGUACAUUCAGGAUGGCAUUGUUUGCGCUGCGCGAUAUUGACCCGGACGAAGAGCUCACAUACGACUACAACUUCUCUCUAUUCAAUCCAGCCGUUGGUCAGCCAUGCAAAUGUGACUCGGAGGAUUGUCGUGGAGUGAUCGGUGGGAAAUCGCAGAGGAUAACCAAGCAGCCAUUAAAGACCCAAUCCCGGACGCCCUCUAACGCUUCCAACCAGUCCAACAGCUCCAACGGCAACCAGCCUCGUGUUGGGCGUCCGAGGAAAGCAGUCAAAUGUAACAAAAAGUCAGAACAACAAAAUGUCACCGCCUGCGAUAUAAAGAAUAUGACGAUAUUGAAGUACCAACAGCACCUAAACAAACUAUGGCAGGAACCCCAGAUGAAACCACUCACGGCCAAGGAGAGAGCCCUAGUCAAAGAACGGCAUUGCUUCUUGUUUAGGAAUUUGGAGAAUGUGCGUCGCAUUCGAGAGCGUCUUUCCCUGCCGCCAUCGCCAUCUUCGUCGGAAGCUGCACCCCCACCACCUGCGAACCCUCCUCCCACUCCCAACCCCCCACCAACUCCUAACACUCCCGUCAUAACUAACGUGAACCCGCUAACCUUACCUGACACUAUGAACCCGUCAGUCUUCCUCAAUAGAUUGCAAACAUUACGUGCGUCAAAGGAAGAAAGUGUGAAAGAACUGACGCAGUUAGAAGAUGAUCCCACGCUUGAUAUGAAAACUCGGUUGGGCAAAAUUUUGAAAGCUCUCUACAAUUCCGUCGUGGCGGCUAAAGAUGAUGAAGAAAAACAAGUCUGCUCUCUUUUAAUGAAGCUCAAACCUCAACCCAAGUCAGAUGUGCCGCCGUUAGAUCUAUCCACAAUACAAAACAACAUAGAGAAUGAUCAAUAUGAAAACGUGGCUCAGUUUGAUAGCGAUAUGAACACGCUAUUUUCGAGCGUGAUACGGGAACACGGCAAACUUACUGCCUUGGGAGCGGCUGCUAUGCAGCUUAAAAAGGUUUACAAUACAAUGAAGUCUGACUUCGCUGAACAUUUGACUAAAAUACUUGGAUCUCAAGACGCACUACCAACUGGUUUCGUACAAAAAUCUAAACCUGAGGAGGUGAUCCUGUGCAUCUGCGGGCUGCACGUGGAGGAGGGGCUGAUGGUGCAGUGCGGGCGCUGCGGCGUGUGGCAGCACGCGCGCUGCGUGCGCCUCGCCGACGCCAAGCGGCAGCACCACUGCCACUUCUGCAGCCCCAAACCGGUGGAUCGUGAAAUCCCACUAGACGAAUAUACUGAAGAAGGCCACCAGUUCUACCUGUCGCUGAUGCGCGGCGACCUGCAGGUGCGGCAAGGCGACACCGUGUACGUGCUGCGGGAUAUACCAAUAGACGACAAACACCCGGAUGUCAGCCAGAACGGGGAUAAGAACGACUCGCCCAAGACCAAACGGCAGGAUAGGAAGAAGUUGAAGAUUGCCAAGGGGAAGGAUAAGAGUGAGGAUACUACUAGUAAGGAGGGUGAAGUGCGCAAGCACACAUAUCAAACUAUUGGCGAGGUGCCGGUGUCCGAGCUGGACAUCUUCCGCGUGGAGCGCCUGUGGAAGCACAAGGACACGCAGGAGCGCUACGUGUACGGGCACCACUACCUGCGCCCGCACGAGACCUUCCACGAACCCACUAGGAAGUUCUUCCACAAUGAAGUGAUGCGAGUUCCACUGUACGAGGCGGUUCCGAUAGAGCUCGUCAUGUCGCAGUGCUGGGUCAUGGAUUUGAAUACGUUUUGCAAGGGUCGUCCGGUGGGCGCGUCCGAGGAACACGUGUACAUCUGCGAGCUGCGUGUGGACCGUUCGGCGCGGCUGUUCACGCGCGUGUCGCGGCCCAAGUACCCGCUCUGCACUAAGCCCUACGCGUUCGACCACUUCCCUACAAGAUUGAAACUCACACGGACUUACGCUCCUCAUGAAGUGUCACCAGAAUAUUUGAAGGGCAGAGCGGCUAAAACAGCUGCGCCAACAGACAAAGCUAAAACUAAUCAAGACGCUAAGAAGAAAGCUACGUCUAAUAAUACGAACGCCACCAUAUCAAAUGCUGUUCCUAAGACGCUGUCACCGGCGGCGCGUCGCGAGCAACAGAAGGAGCGUGUGAACAACAUCGCCCGGCGACUACUCUCGCGCGGCGGGCAGCGCGGCGCGCUGGACGCCUCCUACCUGCUGGCGCCGCGGGCGCCCGCGCGCGCCCCGCGCCCCGCGCCGCCCCCGCGCGCGCCCUUCCUGACCUCCGCGCGCCUGCUCCACAUGCCCCUCCUGAGUCAUGCUCCCCUGCUACAUGUGAACGUGCUGUUACGAGGUGUAAUU